AUGAGUGUGUUCAUCGUCGCAUUUUUCUCAUUCAUAGCCGCGUACAUUGUUCAUUUCUACUGGAAGGUUAGCAAAUAUCCAAAAGGACCACUUCCACUUCCAUUUGUCGGGAAUUUACUACAGUUCCCCGCAACCCACAUACAAACGUUUUAUGACGAUUUGGCCAAAACCUAUGGUCCAUGCUUCACACUUUGGACACCAACGCCGUCGGUAGUCAUCACGGAUUAUGAUCAUUUAAAGGAAGCUUUUGUGACACAAGGCGACGCGUUCAUCACACGUGGUCUCCGUCCUCCAGAAACACUUCUACACCCAGAUGUGGAUACUGGAAUUGUUUUCUCUAAUGCAGAUACUUGGAGAGUUCAAAGAAGAACUUCAUUGAAAAUUCUCCGAGAUUUUGGACUUGGCCGAAACUUGAUGGAAGAGCAAGUGACACGAUCGGUCCAUGAAAUGCUCCAACAGCUGGAUAACAUCAAGGAUAAAACGGAUGUUGAUAUGUACUGGCCUAUUCAGCUUUGUGUCGGAAAUGUGAUCAAUGAGAGCUUGUUCGGCUAUCACUAUAGUUAUAAAGACACGGAAAAAUUUCAAAAGUUUGUGAUGAUUGUGGAUAGACACUUGAAAAAUCUUUCUGGUCGUCCACAACUUUUGAUCGCUGCCUGGCCGUGGUUAAGACAUGUCCCAAUCAUUGGAGAAAUGGGUUAUCAUAGCAUCAAAAGAAAUAUUAAAACCAUGACCCAACUUUGUGCAUCAGUUCUUGACUUCUGGAUUGCUGGAAUGGAGACCACUUCAAACUCACUUCGAUGGCAUCUUACCUAUAUGAUGAAGUAUCCGGAAAUACAAGACAAAGUUCGUAAAGAAAUUUUCGAUGUUGUGGGAACCAACCAAUUACCUUCAAUGUCAGACAAACCAAAUAUGCCAUACACUCAAGCAGUGAUUCAUGAAGUUCAACGACACUCGAAUAUGAUUCCAAUGUUGGGAACUCACUUUAACACCAAGGAAAUCAACAUCAAGGGCUACAAAGUGCCAACUGGAACAAAUUGCAUUGGUCAAUUAUGGUCCAUUCAAAGAAACGAUCCAGUCUUUAUUGAAAGCCACAAAUUUAACCCGAGUCGUUAUUUUCAAGCUGAUGGAAGAACUAUGGAUAAGGCUGUGCUAGAAAAAACCAUCCCAUUCAGUAUUGGAAAGAGGAAUUGUCUUGGAGAAGGGCUGGCUCGAAUGGAGCUCUUCCUGAUUUUCAGUGCUCUGAUUCAGAAGUACGAAUUUGUGCCAAAAUCGAGUAUUGAUUUGUCACCAGUCUGGGGAGGAGUGCUUACUUCAAAACCGUAUAGAUGUCAAUUGGUUCCUCAAACUGCUUGA